UUGAAUCUGCGAAGAAUUGUUUCGACAGGUGGGUUUAUGUUACCCAUGGUUAUGUUGCAUUGCAUUCCAGUGGAGGACUUAUUCUAUUUCAAAAGUGGUAUAUUCGUUAUAAUUAUAUCUAAUUCUAUUUGGUUUUCCUGGAAAUCUUUGUGGGGAGAUUAAGGAUUAUGGAAUAUGCAAAUCGUAUAAUGUUCUUUGGAGAUGCUGACAAUUUUGGAAGUUGGAUCCGUAUGUCUUGCUAUGUUUAAUUGUUUCUAUGUAUGGUGCUCAGGAGCUUCACAUGGAUGAUUGGACAAUUUUAUAAAAAGGGCAACGAGUAUUUUGGAGUAUUUAAUCCUGUAUUUUUAAAAUUCUCGUUUUUAUUUGUGGUUCUACUGGGGAAUGUGGUAAUAUUUGAAUCUAUCGAAAGUGCAGUGGAGAGGAGAGAGAAGAAAAAAAAAAAUUUCUACGAAAUUUUGCUUCGCGAUAUAUCAUCCCUGAUGCCUAAACAGGGGACCCUGCAGCUCGUCAGUUCUGCAGUAGUUUAUGACUCCAAACCCCAAGAUUUAUCGCUGUUCGUGCGGCUGCAGAUUCUAGAGGGAAUUGAAGGACUCUAUAGGUUCCUUCUGAGUGUACGAUGGGGUCCUCGUUCUGCCAGGUUGCUUUUUGUCCUCGAUGUCUUAAGUGCAGAUUUUUCUUAUAUUGAAGGUGAAGUAUAUAUCUAAUGAUGAAUAUGAGCAAGCAGUGCAUUGAUGUAAGUAAACUCGACUCAUUAUUCUGUUGUCGUAUAUAGAUAUAUAUUUUUCAAAUAACUUCCAUUGAUAAGUUUACAUAUGUUUCGUUUAAUUCGGUAUUUUUAAUUUUGAGUGAUCUUAAGUGAGGUAUUUUUAAUAGUAGGAUAAUAUGUAUAUUGAGACAGAUUUUUUUUUUUGUGAAUACUUGAGAGAAUACUUGACUUUCAGCUUUUAUUGUGGUUUUUAUAUUUUGAUUCUUGAAAAUUUCCGAUUUAAUUUGUAAUUUCUGUUUGUAGCUCUUCAUGGAGAGUUCUGAGGAAGAUCAUGUGGAACCGCAGAUUUCGCAUCGUUCUUUCCAUGAGGAUUUUUGAAUCUGUGGUACUUCGGUAUGAGGAUAACCUAUGCAUCGUGUUGUUCAUCUGAUCAGUAGCAGCUUGCAUCUUGCUAAUAGUCGUCUGCAUUUGCCGAAUCUUCUCGCAAAUAUCGGCCGAUCGAGUGUUCAUCGUAGAUACUGUUAUUCUAGCAUAAUUUGUAAAUGGAGAAUGAUUUGAAUUGUAGCUUGGAUCUGAAGUUUCCAUUUUGGGCUCUGAUUCAAUACAAUUUCUGUUAUUUCAGGAAAGGUAUUCUUGAGGACGAUAGUUUCCCCACUUUCUCCGAGGGAGUAUUGUACCACUUGCACUUGGAGAGGUUGGAGAAGUUGUUCAAGAUGUGUUUUAAUGAAACUAGUGUCAGAUGGCCCUUCUGUAUUUUCCAGCGUUUUUGUGAGAUAACUUAGGUAGUUUUUCAGUCGGUCUUUUAUGCUUUUCCUUUCUUCUGGUGAGAGUCGAUUGUGUAGAUGCAUAUGGAGGCUUGAAAGGUGUAUUUCAUCCAUUUUCGAGAUUCUGUGGAUAUAGUGUGAAAUGUGUGAAUAGUGUGAAAUAUGAGAAAAAAAAAUGUAAGCCAUGCAUAUCAAGCAGGGGCAUCACCUUUUUCCUCACAUCUUCCUCUAUUUGGGGCUCUUUCAAGGUUAUUCAAUUUCGAAUAAUUCUAUGAGUUUUGUUUUUUUUUUCUGUUCUGAAAUUCUUUUGCGCGUUUCCUGUCUGUUGUAUUCUGAGGGGUGGUGUUCUCUGUCUCUUUUGUUUUUAACGGAUGAUUCUUGCUAGGGUCCUACAGUUUGUAUAGGUGGACUGUGGAGAUGUUUCGGAGUUGGGGUAUAGUCGAACAUUGGAAAGGAAUAUUCGAGAUUUGGGAGCGGUUUAGGGCUAUAGGGUGAAGGGGAUCUCUCUCCAUAAGGUCUGGGGGUGGUAGGGAUUUCGCAGGAAUCAUCGUUUGGAUCGGGUGACAAGGGUUCAUGUGAUAUAUGGGGGGUUUUAGGAAGUCUGGGGGAGUCUGUUCUGCUGAUUCUGGGAUAUUUUUAGGUGAUUUAUUCAAUUCAAUGAGUUGUCCUGCUAAUUUGGCUGCUCUAUUUCUGCGUCUAUUCUUGUGUUUGUUCUUUUUCUUCUUGGGAAAUGAUGGGGUUGUACUAGAUUUACUUUCUGGCAUAGUUGUAAGAAUAGUAUUGACAGAAAUUUUACUAGAUUUAGGGAGGAGGAGAGGCAAGAACCGGUUGAUCGCAUCUGCUCGGCUCAUGGUCCUGAUACUGUUGAUGAUGCUGAUACUAAUGCUGAUACUGGUGAUGCUAAUGCUGUUGUUGAUGGUGGUGAUAUUGAUGUUGAUAAUGGUGUUGUUGAUGAUGCUGAUACUGAUGCUGUUUGUUGUUGAUGUUGAUUCUGUUAAUGAUUUGUGAGGUCAAUUGCCAGUUAUUCAAGAGGGUAAAUGGGACCAGGACAGUUGAAACAUGCAAGAUAUUCAAUUUUUUGUUUUAUCCAUAUUUGAUAUCAGACAUCAAGCAAUCUAUCUCGUUUAAUUUGUCAUUCAACACACUCAGUUUGGGUAUGAAAUGAAGCAGAAGCAGAGAAAUUGGUUUUAUAAAUUUCUUAGCGUAUUUCUAGCUUUAGAGAGCAAUUCAUGGUCAAUAACGGCCUCUUUUGAUGUUGUAGGUUCAUUUAUCACAACUGAUACGGGUGGUUCUGAAUCUGGAAUUUUCCUGAAUGAUUUCAUGGCAGUGUACAUUGGUUCAUUGUCCUGCUGAAUGUUUAUAUUCUCUCUACGAGGUUUGUACAAAAGUAGAUGAGUGAUAGACACGCAACAAGCGCCUGCGAGCUGGAGACUCCAACCAAAGGCGUCAUGUAAGGCUGUUCCAGGCUUUUUGAACUGCUGAUUCUGUGAUUUCUUCUAGCAUUUCCCGAUCUAAUAGAUGUCUCAUCGAUAUUGAUCCAGUGGGAAGUUGAUUUCCACUGGCAGCACGUGCCAUAUUGCUAACUACUACAGGGGUUUCAGCUUUUGUUAAUAGUCUGUCGCGGAGUUUCUCCAUAUCUUGGGAUUAAGAAUCCACGGUGUAGGAGCUUUCAUCAAGUCUGGGUUUAGUGUGUACCAGUUUUCGUCUAAAAAAAAUACGGAUUUCUCACGUCGGAUGCAGGGCAAACUGACCAUGACUCAAUUGCAAGGAUAUUGUGAAACGUUGCGAUAGUUCUCGUGGGAUUCCGAAUGGCAAUAGCCCCAUAAGAAGCCAUUGGUUAUCAUUAGAAAUCUCGAAAGGGAAGUCGACAAGUCACUUCACAGAGCCUCAAUGCAGGCAUUGGAAAUUCCCGAGGUUGCAACUCAAAUGGAAACACAGAUGGACUCGAAAUUAUUAAGGAAAACAGCCGAGAGGACCGCAGAUAAUAUUGAAAGAGAGGACGAUGAAGAUGAACUCGAGAUGAGUUGUUCCGCCUUGCGCAUGCGCGACAGGCCCAUUUCUGGCUGUGGAGUAUUUUCGCAUCACUCGUGUGUGCUUCGCCGAAUCGUUACAAUAUGUGUGUCCACUUGGUAGCGUAACAAUCGCAGUGUAGACAGUGAGGUGGUUGUCGCUCGCUCAACAUUAUGCGGACCAGCCAUAAUAGUAUAUUUGAAUCUGCGAAGAAUUGUUUCGACAGGUGGGGUUAUGUUACCCAUGGUUAUGUUGCAUUGCAUUCCAGUGGAGGACUUAUUCUAUUUCAAAAGUGGUAUAUUCGUUAUAAUUAUAUCUAAUUCUAUUUGGUUUUCCUGGAAAUCUUUGUGGGGAGAUUAAGGAUUAUGGAAUAUGCAAAUCGUAUAAUGUUCUUUGGAGAUGCUGACAAUUUUGGAAUUUGGAUCCGUAUGUCUUGCUAUGUUUAAUUGUUUCUAUGUAUGGUGCUCAGGAGCUUCACAUGGAUGAUUGGACAAUUUUAUAAAAAGGGCAACGAGUAUUUUGGAGUAUUUAAUCCUGUAUUUUUAAAAUGUAAUUUAUCGUCGAGUGAGCUGCACAUAUUUUUAUUCUUUAAAUUUAUCGUUGUUUUUUAUUGAAAUAAAGUUGGUUCAUUCGAUCAUUA